AGAACACAUUUAAAGUCUGAAGCCACACUAUCAGCAGACGAGCCAUGAUGGAGUUUGUUCACGUUGCUGUAGCUGUGCUUGGUCUUCUGUCUCUUGGACACUCAGCUCCUGUGACAAGCUGUGAGAAUCUACUCCAGCCUCGUGAAAUCUACGGAAGUCAGCUGCUGGGCAAAUGGAUGCUACUUGCAGAGAGCACAAGCAUACCUGGAUCCAAAAUGCUGCUACAGAUGCUUAUGGAAAAUACCUGGGUGAAGAUCACCGCUGCCAGUGAAGCCGAUACAUUUCACAGUCUCCAAAUUCAAAAAAUGAUGGGCAAGUGCUUCACAUGGAAAAAAAACAUGACUUUGGUUAACAACACUCUCACUGUGGUGGGGGAUUACCGAGUGUCUGGUGUCCUGCUGAAUACUGGCUGCCCUGACUGUCUUGUUAUCUACUUAAAUAUGACCAUGGGAAGAAUCAAAGUCAGAGCUCUCCAGCUCCUGAGUACGAGAGUUAGGGUGUCUGCAGCUGAGCUGGAAGAGUUUACAAAGCAGGCAGAGUGUCUGAACCUACAACCACCUGCUAUCAUGGACUUAGAAGAGGGUUUGUGCCCAGAUCCAACUCUUGCCCCAGAAACAAAUUUCACUGAUCGAACCACAGACACCAUAAGCUCUGAAGAGCUCAGCCUUCUAGAAGAACUUCUCAGUAGUGAAAGUGGAGUGAAGACCUUUUUGGAUAUGAUCCGAAGAAGUAUGGCUUCAUUCAAGCAAGACUGAUGGCUCUGCCUGUGAAGAAUAUUGCCACUAAAAAUGAAGAUGCUAAAAAAGAAGCACGACUGUUUUUUCCUCUGUGGCAAUUUGUUCUGUGUCAUCAGUGUAAUUUAGAUUUAGUUUCAUUGAACUGACAUAAAACUGACAAUGUGAGCCUGCUUUAAGAAGAAA